UUUAAAAUGAAAAGCACUGCUUUCAUCACAGCAACACAAGAAAGGGAUGCAAUAGGAACUAGAAUGAUAAGUAGAAGUUAUCAGGGAGGGAAUCCUACUAGAAAUACAACUUCACCCAACUUAGAAGGCUUGGAAUGAGGUAUAUAUUCAGGACAACAACAAAUAAGGAAGGGUUGGGAAUGAUUUCAACUUUAACUAAAUAUAUCUUUUUCUUUUCUUUGUAAACCAUAGUUGGCUUGCCUACACGCCACAGCCUCUAGUGUGAGCAUGGCAGGUGCCAAGGACAAUGCCCUGAGGAUCAUGCUGGUUGGGAGGACGGAAAGUGGAAAAAGUGUGACUGCAAACAUCAUCCUUGGGGAACAAGUAUUCGACUCUAAGAUUCCUGCCCAAUUUAUUACCAAAAGUUGUCAGGAAGCAUCCCAAAAAUGGAAGGGGAGAGACCUUCUCAUUAUUGAUACCCCAGGGCUCUUCUACACAUAGGAGAGCCAGAAAGCUAUCUUAAAUGAAAUUAAAGAAUAUCUCUUUACCUCCCACCGCGGACUCCACGCCAUCAUUUUGGUCAUACAGCUGGGCUGCUACACACAGGAAGAGCAGCAAACCUUGACAUUGAUCAAGAAUCUGUUUGGGGAAGCAGCCAUGAAGUACAUGAUCAUCUUGGUCACUCACAAAGAGGACAAGAGCCUGAGGGACUAUGUGAGGGAGCUGAAAAAGAUACAAAGCCUCAUCAAGGAGUGUGGAGACCGAUACUGUGUCUUCAGUAACAGGACAGACCAGGCUGAGAAGGAAGCUCAGGUGCAGGAGCUGGUGGAGCUGAUAGACAAGAUGGUACAGGACAACCAAGGAGCUUACUUUACCAACCCUGCACACAAGGGCACGGAGCUGACUUGCCCACACUGUACAGCUAAUGUCCAGUAUAAAACUCUGAGGAUCGUGCUGGUCGGAAAGACCGGAAGUGGGAAAAGUGGAACUGCAAACACCAUCCUCGGGGAAAAGGUCUUCGAGUCUAAGAUUGCUGCCGAAGCUGUUACUAAAGAUUGUCAGAAAGCAUCCCGGAAAUGGAAGGGGAGAGAACUAAUUGUUGUUGACACCCCAGGGCUCUUCGACACCAAGAAGAGCCUGAACACGACCUGCAGGGAAAUCUGCCGAUGUGUCCUCGCCUCCUGUCCCGGGCCUCAUGCCAUCGUCUUGGUCCUGAGGCUGGGCCGCUACACACAGGAAGAGCAGCAAACCGUGGAGCUGGUCAAGGCUUUGUUUGGGGAAGCAGCCAUGAAGUAUAUGAUCAUCUUAUUCACUCGCAAAGAGGAGCUGGAGGACCAGAACCUGAGUGACUUUUUGGAGAAUGCGGAUGUAAACCUACGAAGCCUCAUCAAGGAUUGUGGAGAGCGCUGCUGUGCCAUCAGUAACAGCAAAAACACAGACCAGGCUGAGAACGAAGCUCAGGUGCAGGAGCUGGUGGAGCUGAUAGAGAACAUGGUGCAGAACAACCACGGGACUUACUUUUCUGAUGCCAUAUACAAGAACACAGUGGAAAGACUGAGGAGGCGGGAAGAAGUCUUGAAGGAAAUCUAUCAUGAUCAAUUAAAAACAGAUAUCCAAAAAGUAGAAAUGGAGUGUGCUCAGGCAUGCCAAAAUAGGAUGCAGGAAAAAGAGAGAAAAAUUAAGUUACUAAAGAUGGAAUAUGAAGAAAAACUAAGAAAUGCUAGGGAGGAGGCCCGAAACAGUAUCUUCAGAGAUAAACAAGAUGGAAAUAUGAAUUUUCCUUUAAGAAUAAGUAAUUGGUUUAAGAAGUAACUAUUUUCUCACAGUUUACUAUGGUUAGCAAAGCAUCUUUCCAGCUCACUCCCUACCCUCUCCAUGUCUGCCUCCCCACCAACAGACAUCAGCUAAUUUAAGAAAUUACAAAAUUGCCAAGUUUGAGUGCUAGCUCAUUACACAUGGUAAAGACUUAAAUGAAAGGAAUUCGAAGGCUGAAAUGCAUCCUGCAUUGAGCCUUACCACUACCUGUGAAACACAGUACACAGGCCCCUUGUGAACAUUGUGUGACUGCCAGCAAAACUUCCGGUCCCCUCAGCCACAUUGUUCUCUGGUUCGUGAGAGAUGAGAUAAUAAAUGUUUGUUGUUUUUAGCCGCUAAACUUUGGGGUAAUUUGUUACACAGCAGUAGAUAACUAGUACAAGAUGUAUGUUAAUAUAUAUAUAAAUAUUUCUUGAAAUACUGGCCACUUGCUGCUGGGGAAGGGAACUUCAGUUUCUAGGAAUCAGGAGUGGAAGGAAACUUACUUUUUACUAUAAGCUCUUUGAUCUAUUUCAGCAUAUUGUUUAUUCAACAAAUGAACAAAGAUAAUAAAAUUUAUUACAAAUAAUAAAAUUUGUAAUAUUCUCCAACAAACAAUAAUUCCAAAGGGCCAUUUCAAAAACAAUUGUCUUAUUUGUCUCUGCUUUCCUUUUCUAGGUGCUGGCUUAAAGUUCUUCUGCCUAUAAAUUCAGAUAGCUCUGUGCCAGAAUGUUCCAUUUCCCCCUGAAGAUCCACUGUCUUCCCUUUUUGGUUCUUUGGCCCUGCCAGGGACCACAUCCUGGCGUGCAAUGUUCUCUGACUCUCUCUUAGACACUACCAGUGAGAAGGCCAACAAAGGAUCUGUGGGAGCCAGAGAAUUAGAUGAGGACAUUUGUCUCCUGGAUCCCUCUCUGCCCAGUCCUAUCUAUCCAGCUGUCACCUCUAACCAAAGGUCCAGCCACAGGCACUGGGGGCUCUCAGAUCUGACCAGUAGAACACACCUGUAUAGGAGUUCUGUCAUACCUGUAGUGUGGCUAAAACAAAACUUUUGACUGUUUCCAGAGAUCACAGCUUGACCCAAGAGUGAAUUUUAAUUUUCAAAAAUGCCCAAUCUGGUGAUUAGGGUAAAUGGUAAAGUUGUAAGAAGUAGUCAUAAAAUAAAGAGACUAAUUCUCUUUUAGGAUCCUUAAGUCUAAAGUCAAUGCUUCUGGAAAGGUUUCAGUUGAGUUGUGAAAUGUGGAAAGAGGGUUAGAAUAUGUGACUUAGCCCAAAGGGGGGUGAAUUUGAGUGAUGGCAAUAAUUUGACAAUACAAAACAAAGCUUUGUUAAAAUAAAGUAAUUGUUGAGAAUUUA